UGGGAAGUGAAUUUGCGAUGUACCAUGCAUGCACGGGACUCUUAAAGACACUGUCUGAUACUUUCUGGAUCUUAAAGCUGUUCAACUGUCCAAGACCAGUAUUUCAAGAGUGCAUCGAGCUAAAGGGACGAACUUGCGUGAUGAAUGGCUUCCGCAACUUCAUCGCCUAAAUGUUGAUUAGAAUUUACUGGGCAAAGUGGUCUGUUAUUCGCUGGUUACUCUCUUUAUUAACCUCUCUUAUCUAAUUAAGGGACUACUUAAGGAAGAUGUAAAUAGCUCAUCAGUACGCUAUCCACUUCUCGCAAAGUGUUGACUCUUUCACAGAUCGAGGCGAUCCAAUCAAUGGAACUAGAGACUCGAGCGUGUCCAACUGAGAAUAUCAAAUUCAUCGAAAUAAGAUUAUGGAAUUUGGAAAUUUAAUCUAGCUAAAUUAACUAUAUUCACUGUCAUAAUAUUCACAAUCGUGUAUUUGAAAAUCAUCAGUAAAGAUUUCUCGAAAUAUUUGCAUUCGGAAUUCGUAUUAGGGGGACAUCGAAUUUGAGCCCCUCAAGGAGUAAUUUUGAUGAAUAGUGAGUGAGACCGAUUUCCACAGCCGAUAGAAUCUUAAUGAAGUGAAGAUCAUGACACUCAACAGCUAAAAGACGUUUAGAAAGCGCCUAGAGACUCGAGAUGAGACAUUUCAAGACAUAACACAAAACUGCAGGAGAGUCCUAGAUUUCGAGAUGGCUGGUGAUGAUGCGAUCACGUCCUUGGCUGAUGAGCCUAUUGUUUCCAGCGAGAUGAUGCCUAGCAUGCUGAACACGUCGGAGAAUGAAUCCAUGGUCGUCCCCGGGGAUGAUUAUUAUGAUUACGAAGUACAUUACAUAUCAGACAUGCCUGAAGCUACGGCAGUUCCAAUUGUCUUCGGUAUAUUCUUUAUCAUCGGUUUGAUUGGAAAUGGGACAGUCAUCUUAAUUGUUGCAUUGAACAAAAACAUGAGAAAUGUUCCAAAUAUCUACAUUACAAACUUAGCUUUGGGGGAUUUUCUUUUGAUCGCCUUCUCCGUACCAUUUAGCAGCGUGCUCUAUACUUUCACAGGCUGGCAUUUUGGCGAAGCUGUCUGUAAACUGAACGUAUUCGUACAAUCACUGUCUUUAGGUGUUUCGGUUUUUACGUUGACGGCACUGUCAACAGAUAGAUUCAUAGCCAUUGUCUACCCCAUGGCAAAGCAUACAGGAAACCCAAUGUUACGGACGAUCGUUUUCGCUGUAUUUAUCUGGAUGGCGUCUAUAAUUCUUGCAAUACCGGACGCUGUGACAUCAUUCGUAAUUGAGGCACCCUACAGUCCUCCGAAUGCAACCCAACCGAUGAUGCUUUGUCGAUUCUAUCCCGAGGCCCUAGGAGAGGCCUAUCCCAAGGCGCACACUAUGGUUAGGUUUAUCGUUUACUUUGUCGUUCCCAUGCUGAUUAUUACACCGAUGUAUGUAAUAAUGGCGGUCAUUUUGAUGACGUCGAUGACGUCCACGCGAACAGCUGGACAGAGCAGCAGCGUCAGUAACCAACACGUACGGCAAACCAAGGAACGCUUCAAGGUAGCAAUGCUGGUUCUCUCCUUCAUAGGAAUCUUCUUCUUCUGUUGGCUUCCGAGGCACAUCUAUCUCAUUUGGUUUCACUUCGACGAGAGUGAAUACAACAUGGCCUGGCACACGUUCAAGAUCAUAGGUUUUUGUUUGAUGUUCAUGAACUCAUGCGUUAACCCAUUGGCGCUGUACCUUCUGAGUAAGCAAUUUCGUCAUUUCUACCACCGAUAUCUUUUAUGCUGCUUGCCCAAGGAAGUCAUACCGACUUCCUCGUCUAUGAGUGGUUAUUCGAGGGGAGAUCACAACACCCAGACACAUUCGAUGUCACAUUAUAGUUUCAACGGCGCGAGGAGGGGGAGUGGUAAUACGGUUACGUCAGCCGCCAACCCAAACACAAACUAUCAAAGCCACCAAUCGAAGUGUUAACGGACCUAAGCGUGUGAUAGACUGAUUAAUACGACAAUGUAUCUAGUACUUCGUUUGGGGAAACCUUUGCCCUUUUAACUGAACGCCAUAUUAAUAAUUGUAAGUGAGGUAGGAAUAACUUCUGUUGCGUCACUGCCCCUUCUCUAGUAGCAACGCUGGUCAUAUGCUCAGUUGGAAAUAGGGCAAAAAAGAAGAAGGGUACAGUUUUCUCAGGGGACAUUUAAAUCUGGUCCGUGUUGGGACAGUAAUAAUGGACCCCGGGGAUCAUUGUUCCUUUCUAAAUAACCAUAGUCCUGAUGGUAACUGGUCAACUCGUACCCAAGACAAGUCGUAAACUCGUACCCAAGUAUAUAUUUUGUUUUGAAUCAAGCAUUGAACUGGGAAUGUGAAUAGAUAUACAUAUUAUAAUUGUAACAUAC